AUUAGACAUUCGUGAAUAAGGUGCUUAAUUAAGAUAUGGACGAAGCCGUGAAGGGAUGAUGUUUUGCAUCUACUUAGAAAAGAUUCUCCUAGGCUCUAUUAUAUACGCCCGUAGUUCUAUCAAAGCCAUUUACACAGAAGAUAUCUCGCCCACCUAAUCAGCUACGAUUCUAAUCAAUGGCUCAAUUUCAACGAAACCAUUGAGUGAAGUCAUCGGCUCUAUAGUUGCAGCAACUGAGGUCGAUAAGAUAUGGGCCUCGUUUUCCCGAUAGCCGUUGCCGGAUUCGUCUGCUGGGUACUCUACAAAACUUGGGAACGGUAUGAACAUUUUCAGCAGUUCGUCCGAUUGGGGAUCCCGGGUCCGCGGCCAUCUAUAUUCGUUGGGAACUUGUAUGAAAUUUACAGCAGAGGUCAUUUGAAUAGUCAGCGCAAGUGGCAUCUUAGAUACGGGCCUGUUCUUGGAUAUUUUUUCGGCCACGAGCCCAUCUUGCUCGUCGCUGAUCUUAAUCUUCUCAGAAAGAUCCUUAUCAAGGACUUCGCAGAUUUUCCCGACCGCCCGGAAUUAUUUGACAUCAGUUCGAACAAUGGAUCGAUUCUAAAGCUGAAGGGAUUGCGUUGGAAAGAGGCCCGAGCUACACUGGUUUCGUCAUUUUCCAAGAACAAAAUGAAGCGGAUGUUGCCUGAAAUUUUGUCUAUGGUCGACGAAUUCAUGGAAAACGUACGCGAUGCCUUUAUAACGGGGAAUCGGUUCGUAGACAUUAGCGAACUCUACCAAGCAUUAUCGCUCGACUGUUUAUCUCGCAGCGCUAUGGGGGCAGACUUUGCUAUCCAGAAGGAUCUAGACAAAUCGAAAAUCUUCAAGCAGAUGAACACCAUGCUUCGGGAGAAGUUCAAUCUUCUCAACAUAGUGCUUCUUUCAUUUCCUGCUAUUGAAGGCAUAAUUAACCCUAUAAUCAAGAUAAUUGGAAACGUCAGAGCAUGUUUUGGAAAUAAUCCUGAGUGGUCACUUAGGCAACGUUGCAUGGACUCAAUUAAGCGACGGCGGGACGACUCCAGCCGUCAUCGAUUAGAUAUUCUCCAACUGAUACUCGAAGCUCAGCUUGCUGACGUGGAAAUAGAAGACUCGGCUGAUGUCGCACACCUGACCAUGAGUGAAGAAGGUCACGAAAGAGACCUCAAAGAUGCAAACGAAAGAGAAGGUUCUUAUUCGUUAAGAAAUUGUCCGAUUUCCGGGAGUCUAAGGGGCCUUCGCGACAAACAAAUCAUCGACAACGCUUACGGGAUGCUGAUUGCUGGAUAUGAAGCGACCUCAGCAUCGUUGGCUUUUAUCACCCGAAUGCUUGUCCGUUUCCCCCAUGUGCAGAGACGUCUUCGGACUGGGCUGAUCGAAGCGACUGAAGGCGGUAAACGUUUCGAAGUUGAGCGUCUGGAUCGUUUCAGUUAUUUGGGCGCGGUCAUCCAAGAAUGUUUACGGAUGUAUACGCCAAUCUACGCCCUCACGAUCCGAAAAGCGCUCAGAAAUAAGACCUAUGAAGGUAUGAGAAUCCCUGAGGGCAUGAACGUGCUUGCUUCUAUCUGCGAAAUUCAUAACAAUCGUGAUAUCUUCGUUGAUCCACAAGUUUUUCGGCCCGAACGGUUUCUUCCAGAGAAGGUCACUCCGGACAUGACAUUUGCCUGGCUGGUGUUCGGUGCCGGGCCACGAAAUUGUAUCGGGAUGUAUUUUGCUCAGAUGCUAAUUAAACUAGUUCUAGCGAAACUCUUGACCAAAUAUCGCUUGACAGCCGAUGCAGAGCCAUUGGGAGAUUCAAAAUUCAGACUGAAUGUCUCGCCAUCUCAACUGGAUAUCGAGGAGCCACUUCUAGUUCAAUUUAAUCGUAUGGUGCUCGUGAAAGACUUAUCUACUUCGAGAAGAACUUCGAUCGCAAAAGGUUUUCAAGCCGAAAGGUUGAAGCUGCUCAAUGUACUUCUUCUGCAUUAUCUAACUCCCGCUGAAUCGGAACCUCGAGCUCUCUCGUAUGCCCGCUUUUGUUUACUAGUCCGCCGCCAUCAUUCCUCGUCGGAAACAUGUGGGAAAUCUAUUGCAAGUCAGCUAAAUGCUCAGCUGGACUGGCAUCGUAAAUACGGUUCCGUAGUGGGUUACUACUAUGCCUAUAUACCCGUGCUUCUUAUUGCGGAACCUGAACUUCUCAAGAAUAUCUUAGUCAGAGAUUUCAGCGCCUUCCCAGAUCGACCGGCACAUACAGGUAAACGGCGUAGUGAUGGACUGUCGAACCUCACGGGUCAACGUUGGAGGGAAGUUCGGUCUAUCCUCACGCCAUUUUUUUCAUCUAGCAAGCUCAAGCAGCUUUCUUCGGAAGUGGAGGGCAUAGUUGAUGAGUUCAUGGAUAAUGUGCAUAAAGCUUUUGCAUCAGGCGGACGCUCUGUUGACAUGUACGAGUUUUAUCAGGCUCUCACACUUGAGACUAUCUGCCGUAGCGCGAUGGGAGCCGAUUUCCGUGUUCAGAAGGACAUCGCUAAGUCGAAAAUUCUUCAUGAUGUGAAGAGCUUCUUUUCGCUUAAUUUAAAUAUCCUUUUCGUCUUAUUCCUCUCAUUCCCAAUGCUUCAGGGGAAAAUAGCGGGUCUAAGUCGUCGGCGACUCAUGGCGAAAAAUAGAGGUGAAGAUCCUGUCGGAAGGCUCAGGAAAGAAUGUGCCAACAUUUUUAAGCAGCGUAAAAGCAAUCCCAACUUUCACAGGGCCGAUCUUCUGCAGCUGAUGAUCGAUGCUCAGAUGAUAGGAGGCAGUAAACGCAUCAACGUCAAAUCAUUCAUUACUGCAGACAAGCCAGAGCGCGACGAAGAGCUGGCGGCAGAGCUCACUGCGGAUUCUAAUAGCACCAUUCAAAGGAAGUGUCCAUUCAGUGUCAAACGAAACAGCCUUACAGAUAAAGAAGUGAUCGACAAUUCUUUCCUAAUUCUACUCGCAGGCUACGAAACGACCUCGUCCUCGUUGGCGUUUAUCACUCGACUAUUAGUUCGUUUCCCAGGAGUUCAGGAACGCCUCCGCGAAGCUCUGCUUAAAGUAACGGAAAACGGCACCCGAUUCGACCUUGAACGCCUUCAACGUUGCCAGUACCUGGAUGCGGUUAUCCAAGAGUGCCUUCGAAUGUACCCGCCAGUCUAUGCCUUUACUAUACGCAAAUCCUCAAUAGGAAGUACAUAUGACAAUAUAACGAUUACUAAAAAUAUGGCAGUGUUUGCGUCCACGUGCGAGCUCCACAACAACCCAGAGAUAUUCCCGGAGCCGCAGAAGUUCCGCCCUGAUCGAUUCCUUCCCGAAAAUCAUUCGCCGGAAAUGGGAUUUGCUUGGCAGCCGUUUGGUGCUGGUCCUCGAAGUUGUAUCGGAAUGAAGUUCGCACAAAUGGAGAUUAAGAUCACCCUUGCAAAAUUACUAACGCACUAUCGCUUAAUUGCUGGGGCCUAUGACACUGUGGGUGACGUAAACAUCAAAUGCGAAGUGACCCCAUUUUUGCAGAGAAUCAAGGACCCACUAAACGUCAGUCUCGAGAAGCUGAACAGAAACAAAAAAGAGGAAUGGUUGUCAUCUGUCAACUUCAUGACUUCAACUGACCCUUUCCAGUGGCUAGAUAUGGAGCACAGCGUUUCUGAAAACAUUUACAAUCGGGCAUCAGAAAAGAUUGAGAAACCCGGUUUCCCACUAACGAACAAAAUGGUUUUUUGGUCUAUAGCGGCCGCCUGCUUCGUCCUCUGGCUUGCGUACCAGUUCAAGUUAAGAUACGAUAACUUCCAAACGUUCAAAAAACUGCGUAUCCCGGGACCGCCUCCAUCGCUCCUAUUUGGCAACGCAUGGGAAAUCUAUCGGUUGGGUCAUAAGGAGGCACAAAUGAAAUGGCAUCGCCGCUACGGUCCUAUUGUUGGCUAUUUCUUUGGUUACGAACCCAUUCUGCUGAUCGCUGACCAUAAAGUUCUGAAGCACAUCUUACUUCGAGAUUUCGUUAGCUUCACAGAUCGACCUGAACUUCUAUCAGGCGGUGCCAGUGGCAAUUUCGAUGAAGCCCUUACAGCUCUUAAGGGUCAGCGGUGGAAACAUGUCCGUUCGACGUUAACCCCAUCGUUUACAGUUAGCAAACUCAAACAGAUUGCGUCAGAGAUGUCAAAGAUUGUCGAUGGUUUCGUAAGUAACGUCGACAAAGUCUAUGAGUCCGGUGCGCGCUCGAUUGAACUCUAUAUACUCUACCAAGCUUUGACGCUGGAAACAAUUUGCCAAACCGCAAUGGGGGUCGAUUUUGCCGUUCAAAAGGACGUCGCUAACUCGAAGCUACUCAAACAUAUUAGGAUUAUAUUCAGCGUCUCUAUAACCCUCAUUUCCCUGCCUUUUCUUGCGUUCCCGAUCCUGUUAAGACUUGGUUACGGGCUGUUCCAGAGAAUUUCAUUUAUGUUUCUUAAUCAAGGUGAAGAUCCUGUAAGGGUUCUGCAGGACCAGUGUAGUAAAGUGGUCAAAACGCGUCGCGCCAACCCGGCGAAUCGACGUACGGAUCUACUUCAGCUGAUGCUUGAUGCUCAAUCGACAGAGGAGGACGGAGUGGACCUGAAUUCACUGAUCGCAGGCAACGAGACCGAAGAACGCAAAAAACAACAAAAAAGAACGUUUGGUACAGUAAAAAGCAGCGAGCACAAUGGUUCGGACAACCAGCAAAUAGUUAGACAUCCCUUUGCUAACAAAUCUAAGGGACUCACAGACUCAGAAGUCACUAUCAACGCAUUCCUUGUUCUUCUUGCUGGUUACGAAACAACUUCUUCUACAUUAGCGUUCAUGACCCGUCUACUCGUUCGCUUCCCUGAAGUGCAGGAGCGCCUUCGUGAGGAGCUCGUCCAAGCAACAAAUAACGGAACUCGGUUCGAUUUUGAAGUUCUUCAGAAAUGCCAGUAUCUAGAGGCUGUGCUUCAAGAAACACUUCGAAUGUACCCACCCAUUUACUCAUUCACGGUUCGCACGGCUAGCGAGGACAAGGAGUAUGAAAACAUUCAAAUCCCUAAGGGUCUGAGCGUGUCUGCGUCUACCUGCCAGUUACACAACGACCCCAAUGUUUUUCAGGAACCAAUGAAAUUUCGUCCUGAUCGAUUCCUGCCUGAAAAUCGAACUGUUGACAUGCUGUUUGCACACCAGCCGUUUGGCGUUGGUCCACGUAACUGUAUCGGGAUGCGGUUCGCUCAGAUGGAAAUCAAGAUUACGGUAGCCAAACUAUUAACAAAGUAUCGCCUCAAGGCCGGGAAGUUCGAUAGGCUGCAUGAUGCGCACAUUAACGUUGAUUGUCUUCCUGUUCUACAAAAAAUCAAAGAUCCUCUAUUGGUGACUAUAGAGAAAGUCGGUCAUUGAACAGCGAGGACGUUCCAAUAUUCUAACCUUCGAUAAAUGUGAUAAGGAUGCAUACUGAAUAUGAAGCUGCUAAAAUCCAUGUGCUGGACAUGUGGAAUAAUCAAAAUGAUCUGAAUUGAAGAAGAUCAUAUAGUAAGAAUGAGAUUAACUAUGAAAAAAUACGUUUACUUUUUAAAUGAAUAUUUAAUCCGAGUGCAUGAUAGUACGUUGAGUGGAGUGAGAAUCAACUAUGCGUAAUAAUGAAGUAAGGGCCUGGCGUCCGUCCUAAAUAGCUUACCAAGAGAUUACUGGUAUAGUUUGAUAAAAACAUUUUGACAGAACAAAAUGCGUUCCAGAUAUAUUUCUGUGUAAUCUCUUCUAAGAUGCAUGCAUAACCAAUCCAUUACUGCUGCUUUCAAUAAGAAAAAAUAGCCGUUAAUAAAAAUUAUUUUAUCAUAUAUACACUGCGUGCAUUUAGCUAACACAAAAGACCAGUAAUAGUUGGGACAUACGAUUCAUUUACAGUUGAAGCAUAAACAGGAGAAGAGCAUAUUACCUUUUACAAGGGCUACUUCUGACAGUCUCGCAUUCACGCAGACUUUCUCUCUGUACACAUAAAGACACGCUUCUACCCAGUCAGGCAGCCUAAACAAAAAAAAAUAAAUAAAAGUCUAGUCCAUAAAAGUCUAUUCUUUACGGGUGGCGGUCAACUUUCUCUAUCUAUCUUUUCGGAUAAAAAAAAACUACGAGACAUCGUCGGUAAGCCUAUUUUUUUUUUUACUAAGCAUAAUAUUUACCAACGACAUAAACACCACUGAUUAAAGCUCUAAUCUUGAGGUACGUUACAGACAUGGCUGAACUUACUAAACUCAUGUUAUGCUCAGUGAGCUCAUCUGCGAAAACCCCCUGAUAUCGGCCCAAAGCAUAUAUAUAUAUAUGCAUAUGAACCUGAAACGUCUUUGGGACCAUAGAAAGACUUGAUAAGGGCUUAUAAUAAUAAUAACAGUCACCGAAUAUUACAUCAAUGAUAUACGGAAAAACCUGUACAAUGAAACACAAAAAAGCGUUGCUCUUCGUUUUCGUUAACUGUAAUUUUUUUUUUUAAUUACUAAAUAUAUAGUAUUCCCAUUUUAUGAAAAUUCCUAUCUGCCGGAACACCUAAUGCAGGUCUCUAUAACAGCCGGCCCAUUUCGAAGCCUUAUAGAAAAAAAAAAAAAAAGAUUGAGAUGUUCCUGCAUUAUAGUACGUCGUAAGAUGCUCAUAAAAUGCCAUAGUAUGUUUGGUGUGAAAUUUUGUUACUAAGCAGCCUUUCGUAUUGUGUGUGAUGCUAUAUAUAUGGUAUAAGUUAUAUACCAUAUAUAUGGUAUAAGUUAGUCACGUACGUAUAAAUAUGUGAAAGGACGAUAUGAUAAUACUACGCCAUAUCAGGGUAUGAUCACAGGGCCAUAUCAGGUAAAAGAAUGGGUGCUUGAGAUCCUGCGUGUGGAUAUUACAGAUCGAUCUAUCUCUUUUUUAACAUUUCUAAACGAAUCCUCCUCCUUUCAUCGUAAUGGAACAUUUUAAGUUAAGUUAGCAUUCAUAUCGCAUGGGGUGCCCGAAUGUUUUGAUGCCUACUGCGGAUGGCCAUACAGAUAUUAGUAUCUGUGUAUCUUACCGGUCACCUUGAAAAAAAAAACCACUACCGUUUUAUCCUAACUUAAGGAAUUCAUGAGUCAGCAGCCAUUAAUAACAUAAAAGUGGAAUCUACAAGAAGCAAUAGUGAUUGUCUCUGUCAUUUUACUCAUUUUAGGCGUAGGUAGAGAUUUUGCUUUCUAUUUCAAGCGGAAUUGGAUUAUAUAUAUAUAAACGAAAAAAUAAAUACAGACACUCGUGCAUUAGAUUGCUUUUGAUACAAAUGGAUUCACUUCAAUGAACCCUGCUAAUUCCGUUCUUAUAUUAUAUGUAUGUUGUUGUAAUGUCGUAUAUUUAACUGCUACUAAUCAGGUUUGUUCUAUCAUACAGUUUGGUUCUACGGCUCUAGCAAAAGAGACUACGUAUUACUGAAAGGUAACGGGCAAAAUGG